CUCCCCUCGCCUUGCCGUCGCUACUUUCCUCCCGUUCCCGUCGCUAGUCCACCGCAAUCUGCCAACAUCCUUCCAUCCACCUUUGUCUGGCCCGACCACUCCGCCCUAGCUGCACUGUCCACUAUCUCGCUCGUCGCCAACGAACCAGCACCCGUCUUUGACUCGCGCUUUGGCCCCCAGACCCUCUAAACUCCGUCUGCCGCCUCUAUCAGGCCCAUAGUUACCCGUUUUUCGGGCUCUAAACAGCACGGUUGCCUAUUUGAAACGAGACACCAACAUGGAGCACCGCUCGCACCAGCGCCCGCGCUCAAAGAGCGGCUUCAGCUUUAAGAGCGAGAGGAGCGAGAAAAGCGAGAAGAGUGAGAAGAUCACCCGACCGAAGAUCAAGGACCUCCACGAGACUUCCGCCGAGAAGCACAAGCAUCAUCUCAGCAGCACCUCCAAGGCCAAUCCGCUUGCCGCAAUGGAAGAAGCUCAGCCAAUUGCCCAGCAAUUUGAGAAAGCGACCCUAGGUUCGCUGCGAGCCAUCCAGCACAAGGAUGCUAACGGAAACCUUAUCACGGAGCCUGAUCUCACGAACCCCACGCGGCCACGGUGGGAGCGGCCACUCGACACUAUUCGAUCAUUUGAGGCAGCUAUCGAUGGAGGUCACAAGCGGACGCCGAUGCCUAAGUCAGAGUCGACGCCGCAAUUCAGCGGGUACACGAGCCGCAGGAGCAGCUACUAUGGAGGAAACGACCAAAGCGACAGGUUUUCUAAUGGCGGCUAUUAUGCUCGUGGCCGUGACAGUUACAAUGACACUUAUGGAGCGGCUCCUGUCGCUGGUCCCACGCGCAAUCGCUACGGUCAGCGCAUACAAGCCGACAUCACAGUGCCCCGCCCGGUGCAGGGGCAGGGACAGGGGCCAUACCCCAGCCAGUAUUACCAGCAUUCUCGCGACACGGUGAACACCGGCGCCUCGAACAGCAGUGGGGAGCCUUGGGGUAAUUCGACCGACCCGAGCAGCGAGAACAGCUCCAUCGAGAGGACUACGCCUAACCCUAAGCCAGACCUCAACGAGCAGUAUGGCUUCAAUGGUUUCGGAGGAGACCCCAUCGCGGAGGAAUACGACUAUGCCAAUCGCGGCUAUGCUCCGCCUGUUAAUGGUUACCGCAACGGCGGAUAUCCUCAACAAGACUAUUCGAGCCCCCCGCAGCCGCCACCGCAUGCUGCUAGGCCCAACGGCAACAUGAUCAAGUUGGGCGACGGCCCACCACCCCAGCCAAUUAGUGGAGCAACUAAUGGUGCUGCCGCCGCUCCACGUCGUCCGCAAGUACAGACUGCGGAUAGCGACAAGAGGAAGAGUUGGUUCAAGCGGAAAUUCAGCAAAGACUAAGUGAUUGUCUGCGCAGUUGGCCACGGUGUUUAUGUGAGAGUGGCCGUGUCAUCUGAUGGCGAAUGUAAUGACGGUAUGAGCGCGCAGGACGUAAUGGCACAAUAAGCGAUAAGUUCUGCAUUACGGCAGGCGUUCCGGCAAUAGGGUUUCAUUUAUUAGGCGAUGGACUUGGUCUUCUGAGACUCCGUUCGUGAGAACGGAGCCGUUGGAUUCAGCUGGAGGGUUAAUUCGCGGCGUUGUGGCAAGGCUUCCACUUCGGCCUAUCAGGAGUUUCAUCCGUAGAUACACACGAUGGGCAUAAUUCAUCCGGCUUUUAUUUCUUCGUUAA